GUGACGGUAGCCUAGUUGGGUUAGGUUUACGCUGAAAAUUUUUAACGAAAAAUUAUUUGUUAAAUUGCAUUAAAUGUUUCUUGUAUAUUUGUCACAAAGAUAAACACGAGUUGCUGACACGAGUGUCCAAUAAAUAAUAGUAAUUGGUGAAGCAUCGUGACCUGUGAAGCCCCGCAUUUCUCUUGUAUAUGAAAUUCUAAACGGAAAAUGAGUCGACAUGAAGGGGUGAGCUGUGACUCCUGUCUAAAAGGUAACUUUCGGGGUCGCAGGUACAAGUGCCUAGUGUGCUAUGAUUACGACUUAUGUGCAAGCUGCUAUGAAGCAGGCGCUACAACAACACGUCACCUUACUGAUCAUCCAAUGCAAUGUAUCCUCACAAGAACUGAUUUUGAACUUUAUUAUGGAGGAGAAGGCGUAAGUGUGGAACAACCACAAUCUCUAACCUGCCCAUAUUGUACGAGAAUGGGUUUUACAGAAGCAACUUUACAAGAACACGUUACUGCUGAUCAUGCGGAUACCACAUUUGAAAUAGUGUGUCCAGUUUGUGCUUUUGUGCCAGGAGGUGAUCCGAAUCACUUAACUGACGAUUUUGCAAACCAUUUAAGUACAGAACAUCGUAGUGGACCAAGAGAUUUGAUAUCAUUUUUGGAUGAACCAGCAUCUAGUAGACAUGGUCCUCGACGAAUACCUCAUUCAUCUCGAGGUGUUGGUGGAACUCGAACUCGACGGUCCAACAUGCUUUUCAGUUCGUCCGGAGGACUCAGCCCAAGCAGUCGAGAUAAUAUAGAUCCUAUUGCGGAAUUAUUGUCCCAAUUAUCUGGUGUUCGUCGAACUGGUGGUAGUACUGGCCAAAAUACUCAGCUGCAACAAUUGCAAAUGCAAUUGCAAAUAGAACGUCAACAGGUUCGGGCUGCAACAAGACAUCAAUUAGACCGAAUGCCCAGAAGGCAACCGCAAGCAAUUGGCUCAGUUAGUGGUGGAAGUAGUGGAAACGGUGGUAAUGCAAACUCGAAUAAUGCUAAUAGCGGCAGUCAUUCUACUACAAUGGCAGGUGUAGUUACAAACAAUACAGCGAAUAAUAAUAAUUCAAUAGCUGUCAACCCGUCCAGCGGAUCAUCUGCCAAUUCUCAGAAUUCAAUGUUUUUGUUGCCUAGAUGCAUCUCAACAACACUAUCAGACUCACAGCUUCAAAGCAUUGAACGUGAAAAUGCAAACAAAAGUCUAUUUGUUCGAGAAUUAGUGAUGGGAACAUUAGCACAAGCGUUACCAGAUUUAACGCCGCAGUCGCAGUCAUCAGCAAUUCAAACUCCAACCUCAAGUACGACGACAGCAACGACAAGCCCUGAAACGCCAAAUGCAUGUGCUACAGUCACUGUAAAAAAGUCUAGUACUUCAUCAGUUCAAGAGGGAAAAAGAGAAUCUACAACAGCGUCAGCUAAACCACUUUUAACUGGUCAAUCUCAGCAUCAAGUUCAUUCAACUGCUGCUGGUAGUGUAGCAGCAAGUCUCCCAAGUCAAGGAUUACCUGCAGCAAAUCCAAUAGUACAGACAUUAAUGCAUAGUGUAUUACCUCAGCCAUUGGUUUUACAGCAACCACUACCACCACCAGUAAGAAAUACUGGAACUGGAACAAUUAGAGAACCGAUUGGAGCUCCAGCGCCAGCUUAUCUCCGAGGUGGAGUUGGGUCCGUUGGAGUUACAGGCUCAUCACGAAGAAAACCUGUACGAUCAGUCGACGGUAGAAACCAAUCAACAGAGCCUCCACCCCCACACUAACCCGUUAGGUUUUUUUUUUGCUUGGUUUCCUUCUCCCUUAAUCCUGUUGGGCCCUACACAAACUCUCCUUGAUCCCUCUAGCACUAGUCCUAGCACUGUUUAGAACACAUCAUUGUUGUUAUUAUUAUAUUAUAUAUUAAUAAUUGAUAAUUAUUUUCCAUCCCUCUUAACCCGCCCGUCUGAAUAAGAGACUUCUUUCGCUAAAAAAAAAAAUGAAACAAUGGAAACAAAUCGACACUUAAGACACUGAGACAUAUGUGUAAUCUUUCUUGAGAUGUAUUUAUGUACAUAAUUAUUGGGUUUUUCAUCGACGUCUAUCUCACUUAUUGCCAUUAUUAAUGUAAAUAAUUCAUAUUGUCAUUUUUAAAUUCUUCGUAAUAUUUAAAAAGCAUUUUAUAUUCAAAAUAAAGGAAGAUUUUUUUCUUAUUAUUUUGAAUAUAAAUGAUUCAACCAACUUUGAAAUAUCUUUGUUUUUACAACAAAGAGAGUUUUUAUCGGGAUAAUUCAAUCUUACGAAAAGACGUCGAUGCAAAAAAAAAUUUGAAAAACCCUUUAAUAUUCUUAAACUCUCUCAUUUUUUCACUCUCAGUGAAUUAAUCGGGCUUCAACUUUCCCGCAAGUGUCUUAGAUCUUUAUCAACUUUAUCUGCAGCCCAUUGAUUAUAAUCUUGAAGUAUGAAAAUGAAUCUAUAGAAAAUCGCUCAUUGUUACAUGCCUGAUAAAGAUUCGUAUACGUUGCGUUUAGUUUUCUUUUUUCAAGUACUUUAAUAUUAUUCUUUGUCAUUUUUUCGUCGUACUAUUAUUUGUAGAUGCUUGUGAGAAUGAUUUAUGAGUGACAAUUGAUAAAUGUGAAUAAUAUCAGUUAUGAGUGAAGAAAAUUUAUAUAUAUAAAUAUAAAUAAAUAAAGUGAAGAAAAUAAAGAACGUGGAAAAUCAUCAGGGUAUGCGGUAAAUUUUCAAACUAUCAUUACUCAUCAAUAUAAUUAAUUAUUAUUACUAUUAAUGAACCUUACUAUUAUUAUAAUUAAUUUUUUUCUUUUGAAGAGUGAGAAAGAUAUUUUCAUUUACUUGACACUUGAUUAUUUACUCUCUCCUUCCCGGUAAUAUUAAAGCACGAAUAAAGAAAGAGUGAAAAAGGCUGCAAUUGAAAAAGAAUAAAAUAAAGAUGAAAGUAAUAGUCUAUUUACAGAUUUCAUUUUCUUGACUAAAAAUUUUCUAUAUUCAAAUACUUGGAGUAAUAUUUUAGCUAAUGAACGAUAAUAAAUGCUCGAAUCGAUUGGAUUAAAUAAUAAAUUAUUUUUCAUCUGUAAAAUGACUAAAUGACCGAGUGAAUAGUAAAUAAAAUAAAUAAAAAGUAAGAUAAUAAUAAAUAUUUAAAUAUGCAUAAUAAACGAGACUAUAAUUGUAAUUUUGUAUUCAAUACAAGAAUGUAUUUCUCAAUAUCUCUCUCAAUCUUCAAUUCUGUAACACUUUUGCAAAUGUAAAAAAAAUCGUUUCAUGUAUUUGUGAAUGCUAUUCCACAAAUGUAUUUUAUAUUUAUACUUAUUCUGUAACUAUAUAUGAUAAUAAUUGCAUGUAAUAAAUCGUAUAAUGGUGAUAACAAGAAUCAAUGAGAGAAAAGAAGGAAUAAAAGUAUUCAUAGAGCGGGUUAAUAAGAACAAUCAGUUUAAUAGUCUAUCAUAAAAUAUUUAUCGAAAAUUUUAUUGAAUACUCCUAUUUAACUAAUUUGUUGCUAUUAUAUUCAUUAUCAAUAACAAUUAGUAAUCAUUAUAAGGCUUGUAACUGUAUAAAACCUGCGCUUGAAAAAAAAUGGAGUCUCAUUGUAUAAUAAUUAUGGUUUAGAGGGAUUAGAAUCAAGACACAAAUCAACAAUAAAUGCAGUAAUCAAGCUA